AUGUCUUACUCACAAGCAUCUCAAUCCCACUACUCCUUCUGCGCUGAUUCAGAUCUAGGUCUAAAUACCGACCUUCUUUAUUCAGAUGAUAUCUCUGAGCUUAUUAGCAGCCAAACUCCAUUGACAUCUACGUCUCAAAUUUCAUCUCCGAUUGCACCCCUCUCGCUUACGCGUGUUGGCCUCCCUCUUCAGCAGUAUUGGGUCCUCUAUUCCUCUGAGCCUAGUAGCGAGAUGGAAGAAUCUCGUAAGCGCUUUAUAAGUUGGUGGUUAACUACAGAGUCUGGAUCAACACCUGAUAUACAAGACUCUAUCCGUUGGGAUGGGAAAAAGACUUCAAGUGUCUGGGACAAUUUCAAUCAGGUUGCACAUGAGAAGACUGGCAAGCCAAAGGAGCGUCUCGUUAAAGCGAUCCUAGACUUUAUCUCAGCGGCUCACCUACCCUUCCGAAUCGUGGAGCAUACCCAAUUCAAGGACCUAGUAGAGGUCAUUCAACAAGCUCAAAGCAAGAUCGAUAUACCAUCCGCGCGAAGCAUACGACGUUAUCUUGAUUCUGCAGUCAAAAAUGACCAGAAGGAGAUUCUUGGAAGACUUCCAGAUGGGAGUCGCCUUUCACUAGCGCUUGAUUGCUGGACAUCGCCAUUUCAGCAAGCUUUCAUGGCUAUCACAGGCUACUUUCUUGAUCAGGAUUGGAAUUAUUGUGAAGUUCUUCUUGGAUUUGAGCAUCUUUAUGGGUCUCAUACUGGUGAAAAUCUAAGUAAGACCGUUACUCAGCUCUUGAACAAUCAUGGAAUCACCAAUCGUGUCUUAUCUGUGACAACAGAUAACGCAACUAACAACAAUACCUUGGUGAUGAACAUCCAAGAGACUAUUCAGUCGCAGAGCCAACCAGAUACCUUAAUCUUCCGAGUUCCGUGUAUUGCGCAUGUGAUCCAAUUAAGCUUAAAUGAGCUUCUUGGGAAGCUGAAAGUGACGCCACCUAAUAAAGAGAUUGAACUAGAGUGGCCUGACGAGCGAACACAUUCAUUCCAGACUAAACAAUCUGGCUCAAGUCGGCAAAUUGCAGAUACCUUAAAGAAGGUCAGUCCUCUAUCUCCCUUAGGCUUCUGA